AUGGGAUCUUGGGUAACCGCCCUUAAGCCCGGCGACAACGUCACAACGCGCUCUCUGUUCGUCAAUUACCCUUCAAGCUCAAUGGACGAGAAGUUUGAUUCUGUGGACCAGUUUGCUUUCAUCUUGAAAUCCCUAAGAGAUCAAUCAUCAGCCCUUGCCCAACUGUGGCCUGCAAAGCUUGUCCGAUCUACAACCCCGCGCUACCCGCUUCUCGGAACUUUACGGAAUCAAGCAACGAUAAUGUCUUUUUUCAAGAAGCUGACGAAGGAGUUCGAGGAGCUCAAAGCUUCUUUCAAAGACGACAAGGACGAGAAGAAAGAAGAAGCGAAGGAAGAAGCGAAGGAAGAGAAGAAGGAAGAGAAGGAGGAAGAGAAGCAGGAAGAGAAGCAGGAAGAGCAAGUUAUUUCGCCGGAGAGCGGUACUCGCAGCGCCGAUCCUCAAGCUCAGUAUCAACAUCCAGGCGGCCAGUACUUCCCCUCCGAAGCUGCUCACCCUCAGCACAACGCUCCCGGUGAUAGUCAGGGCAGCGAACAUGCCCCGACCCCGCCACCGGGGCCCGAUUCGACUCGCUCUCCUCCUCCCGUACCCCCUGGAUGGACCGUCCGCUGGAACGAAGAAUACAAGGCUUGGUUCUACAUCGACGAGUCUACCGGUCGAUCUCAGUGGGACCCGCCUGCACCGCCUGGACCGCCUCCGCCCGGACCGCCUCCCUCCAACGAUCCCCCCGUAGAUGCGCCCGGCGGUGACGGCACGAGGUCGUUUGGUGGCCAUGGUGCCGGCUACCCGGGGAGUCCUCCUGCCCCCUAUCCCCAGCCAGGUUACGGCGGUCAGCCCAGUUAUGGCCCGCCUGGCUAUCCUCAGCCUGGCUAUCCUCAGCCUGGCCAUGGUCAGCCCGGUUAUGGUCAACCCGGUUAUGGUCAACCAGGAUAUCCUCAACAACCAUACGGCCAACCAGGCUAUGGCCAACCAUAUGGCCAGCCGGGAUAUGGCCAGCCAGGCUACGGUUCUCCUUCUCCAGGAUAUCCCUCCCCAGGCUACGGUUCUCCUUCUCCGGGCUAUCCCUCCCCAGCCUACGGCUCCCCCGGAUACGAUCCAUCGCGCGGUCCCUAUCCCCAGGGCGGCGAAGAGAAGAAAAGCAGCAACAGCGGCAUGCUCAUGGGUGCAGCCGGCGGUCUAGCCGUCGGAGCCGUUGGCGGAGCUCUCAUCGCCAACGCAUUGAACGGCUCGGACGACUCGGACGACGAAGGUGCAGCCGCAGCCGCAGCCGCAGCCCCAGCUGCAGCUGAACCCCCGCCUGUUGCCCCCGCCGAGGAUACGUUCGCCCCCGCCGAGGAUACAGUUGCCCCCGCCGAGGAUACAUUGGCCCCCGCCGAGGAUGAAGAUACAUUCGCGCCUCCGGCUGUUCUCCCCCCUACGGAUGCAGACGGCGAGUUGGUUACCUCCAGCGACCGUGAAGAGGUGGCCGAGGCCCGCGCAGAGUACGAAGCGGCCCUUGCUGCGGCGGCUGACUCGGAUGCCAGCAGCAGUGACCACGAGGCCGUCGAGGAGGCGCGGCAGGCGUAUGAAGAGGCGUAUGAGGAGGUCUAUGGCGGUGAUGAUGAUGGCGGUGAUGAUGGCGGUGAUGAUGGCGGCGAUGAUGAGUGAUAAUCUCGGGAGG